AUAUAAUUCUGUACGAGCUGCUGUCUGAUGUCAGAUGAGUUGAGGAAGGUAUCGGCACAGCCAAGCCUGCAUCUGAGGCGUUUUCACAUCAACAUGGAUGGAAAUUAGGCCUCUGCUCGCUUUCCGCGGUGGGUUAUCGGUAUUUACCACCGGUUCAGUACAGCCUGGUCGGAAUAUAAUGGAAAGCAGUCCAUUUGUCUGUCAGAGGACAGUGUUAUUAACAUCAUGUGUCAGCGAGCUCCAGCAGCACUAGUCUGAUGAGGAGGAGGAUGUUGGGAAGCUAUCUGCUAACGCAAGGAUGCUUUUACUGCAAAUAAACCUCUAACUCAUCCGUGCUCUCGAUUUUACCUCUUAUAACGGAACGCCGCUCAAUUUUCACGAUCAAUUUUCAACCCUUUUAGCCUCGAAGGGGAUAUUUUAUAAAGACUUGCAGAAAUUUUGAUUUAGCUUCGCUAGCUAAGCAGCUGUUGGAUUGACUGUCAGUGGAUAUUUUCAGCAAACGGGAGGAUUUACUGCAAAAUAACACCCGAAUCAGACCGGUGAUGAGUGUAAAUGAGACAUCUGGAGCCCGGAGGGAAUGAAUUCAGUGAACAGAUUAAACGACAUGUUUUAUUAAAGGAAAUGAACGGUCCGUAAAUAAACGCGUGUUACUGAAUGUGUUUAGAUGAUAAGGUGGCCGCAACCCAACAAACAUUUCCUAAAAACCUACUCGGCGGCCAAAAAAUAAAAUUUAACCACGCAAAAAAAUAAAAUCUAAACUACUGAAAACAUAAAUCAAGCAUCACUGAAAUGGCUGAAGAGGCGUUUCCUUUACAUUAUCUGGUGUGGAACAACCAGUUUCUAGAAUUGGACCGAGAGCUCCAGAAAAAACAGCAUGACAUGGAACGGCUGGAUCCGCGCGGGCGCACGCCGCUCGAACUGUCCGUGUGUCUCGGGCAUCUGGAGUCCACGCGCGUGCUUCUGAGACACAGCGCGGAUCCCACACACAGCAACACACAGGGCUGGACAGUCUUGCAGGAGGCAGUGAGCACCGGAGACCCUGAGCUGGUGCAGCUGAUCCUUCAGUACAGAGACUUCAGAAGAGCCACAGAGAGACUGUCUGGUAUUCCUGAGCUGCUGAGCAAACUGAGACAGGCACGUGAUUUCUACGUGGAGAUGAAAUGGGAAUUUACUAGCUGGGUUCCUCUAGUGUCGAAAGUUUGUCCAAGUGAUGUGUAUCGUGUAUGGAAAAGCGGUUCGUGUUUGAGGGUCGACACCACUUUAUUGGGCUUUGAGCACAUGACUUGGCUUAAGGGCCGACGCAGCUACAUCUUUAAAGGAGGAGAGAGCGGGGCCAUGGUGAUGGAGGUGGACCACGAGAAACAGGUGGUGUAUACAGAACCGCUGUCUCUGUCUCCGCGGGACGCUCCCUCUCUGCUCGCCGCCAUGCUGCCCUCGCAGGAGAGCACGGCCCAGAGACUCACUUCUCCUAUAGUGUCCACUCAUCUCAACACACGCAACAUUGCCUUUGAGAGAAAUAAGUCUGGGAUUUGGGGAUGGCGCUCUGAGAAGACAGAGGUUGUUAGUGGAUAUGAAGCAAAGGUUUACAGUGCCAGUAAUGUGGAGUUAGUGACACGUUCUCGGACUGAACACCUUUCUGAUCAGGACAAGUCUAGGAGUAAAGGAUGUAGAACUCCUCUACAGUCAUUCCUUGGUAUUGCUGAGCAGCACAUCUCCAGUACUGGGAGUCAGGUUUCUCAGUGCGCUAGUCCCCAUAACCCAACAGCUAUCACAGCGGAGGAGUACUUUGAUGCAGAGUUUAAUCUGAAUGGCAGAGAUAUUGGGCGGCCCAUUGAGCUCACCAGCAAAGUGCAGAGGUUUAAGGCCACACUGUGGUUGAGUGAAGCUCAUCCGCUCUCACUGGCUGAGCAGGUUACGCCCAUCAUUGACCUCAUGGCCAUAUCUAACGCCCACUUUGCCAAGCUGCGUGACUUCAUCACCCUACGCCUGCCACCUGGCUUUCCAGUAAAGAUUGAAAUUCCUCUCUUCCACGUGUUGAAUGCUCGAGUGACAUUCAGCAAUCUGUGUGGCUGUGAUGAACCGGUCAGUUCUGUUACAGUACAGUCUCCUCAAGGAGCAACCGAGGCUGGUCAGACGCCUCCCCCUCUGCAAUGUGAAAUCGACCCGUCUGUGUUUGAGCCUCCCCCAGAAUACACCACACUUGGACCAGGCCGCAGCGAACCAAUGAGGGAUGAGGAUGAUAAUUUACUCCAGUUCGCCAUUCAACAGAGUCUGCUGGACGCAGGAACAGAGAGUGACCAGGUGACCAUAUGGGAGGCUCUCACUAACACUCGUCCAGUUUCUCAGCCUCCGCUUUAUGAGGAGGACUCUCAGCUUGAGAGGGCGAUUCAGGAAUCUCUGUCUUUGUCGCUGGCUGGAGGAGAGAGUGUGGAGUCCGAUGCUGGCGAGCAGUUAUCCCUGUCUGAUCCCGCACUCAUCUCUCCUCCGUCUUACAGCUCACUGAGCGAGCCUCGGGCGCCGGGUGCGAUUGCUGUGGCCACCAGUUUUGAUGAACAGCUUCGCAUCGCGAUGGAGCUUUCCUGCAGAGAACAGGAGGAGUUAGACAGGAAGAGGAGGGAAGAGGAGGAAGAGCUGGAGAGGAUACUACAGCUGUCUCUCACAGAGAAGUAACUGUAGCCCUGCUUGAUGUGGGUUUAACAGAGUCAUUUAUUGGUUGUGUUUUUUUUUUCUGCUAUGUUAAAUUAUUCUUCUUCUAGAUUCAUCGCUCUUUAUUUCCUUUCCAAAAUAAUAAAUGGAAUAUAAAGAGGAAUCGGAGAGAGUGUGUGUGCCAGGACUGAAACAAUUCAUUAAAUCAGAGAGCACGGCAUGAAAAUGUUCCACUGUCUUUUGAGUGAUAAAAGGUCAACUUUAACUUCAUUGUAUAAUGAUGCAGAUGAAAAUGUGAAUAUAAAUUUUAAACAUUGAUGACUAUGAUAAUGCAUAAAGGUAAAGUACUGAAAAUACUAUUGCAUAAAAUAAUGAGUUUACUUAUGGUGGAUAACAUGAAAGUAUAAGUAUUAAAUGUUGCUCAAACACUUUCACAACAA